AUGGCAGGACCAGCGCGCAUCCAGCGCAUGUCCUUCUUCUACGCCAUCGGCAACACUCCGGCCGUAUGCCUGACGCAGUCUCUGCCUCCUGAUCAGGAUGCCGCUUUGCUGCUUCUCGGAUGCGGAGACGUCCGCAACGUUCUCUUCACCGCGUACGCUGGACCAGGUUUUGAUGGCCGCAAGCUCGACAUCACCUGCUGUGACAUUGAGGCCGAAAUUAUAGCCCGCAACAUAACCCUUUACACCUUGCUUAUCGAUGACGAAAAAGGCGAGAACACAAAUCUGAUCUGGUGCAUCUACUACAAUAUCAUGCUCGACGACGAUUCACUCAAGCUACUCCGAAAACAAGCGAAGAAGUUGAAAGACACCGCAAGCACACUUUCAGAAUGGCACAAUGGUAAGUAUGGGCGACAGCUCCGGUUUUGCGACACCACCACGUUUACAAAAGUGACUCGCUUGUGGGAAUUCUACUCUAUCGAUCCUUCCCAGGGACGUGCGUUCUCGGAGCAGCAGCAAAAGCUCAGACAUGGAAUCCAAGAAGCACGGAAGACGAAAGAUCACUAUGUAGGCCAGAAGGAAAACCUCAAUGGAAUCCGGUCUGCGGCCCCAUAUUCUCUGUCUGCGUUAGAGGAUAUGCCCCAACUGUACGAGUUCUACUGGAAGGAAGGGAUAACCGCACUGGAUGACAGUCAAGCCAGACAUAUGAAUCCCAUGUUUGGAUCUCUCCGUGACAAUCUGAUUUUGCAUUAUGGUGCAGACACUCUCCACGCUUUUCACUUUGCUACCGUUUAUGCCCCCAUAUCCGACCAUUCACCCUUGAAGCCUGAAGGGACGAAGGGUUUGAAUAAAUUUUUCGAGGCGAUGGGCUCGAACCAGACUGCUUCACGUACUUUCGAUGUAAUUGUCACAUCAAAUUUGGUCGAUCACCUUGGUUGUCUAAACUUGCUGGCGGCAACUCGUCCUCUCUUGACUCCAAAGUCUACCUCUGUGAUUUGUACAGAAAUGCAGGUCUUGCGCGAAGAAAGCGUCGAGAAGAACGCAUCAGACCUAUUAUGCGGGGACCUCCCUACUGUUGCACUCCUGUUUGGACUGACCCCCAUCCAGUACUGGACUCACGCAUCAGCUACGCCAAUCUUUGACGAGGGGUUCAUGGAGACGCUGCAGGACAGCAAUCGUACCAGUGUCUCAGUUCAGUCCCGCUACAUUGUGGUAUGGAAAAACACAGACGCUGAGCCAGCGUGUGCUGACAAAGACUUAUUCUGCCCUGGAAAACCUGUUAUCACUUUUGAUGCGAAAGAGUUAGCCAAUCCUGUUUUCCGUAUGUGUCUGAGAAUGUUCCUAGAGGAAAGCUGGGAUCAUCGUAUGCAACAAGGUCCUAGCGAUAUCAUGCGGAAGCAAUAUGAGCACUACACGCGAGCAAGUCUCUGUGCUAUUCUCUGCUUGAUUAGAAAUGCCAAGCGAGUCGAGUGGGAGAGUUUCAUCAACCAACUCUGUGAUCGUGUGAUGAACAGCACUUGGUUUUGGGCACGUUAUACAGACAGAUUUUCCGUACAGGUCCAAGGAGAUGACAAGGGAUGGGAAGGCACUUCACCUCUUGUUGUUUCAGUCCUAGUUCCUACCUGGCAAGUGCUUAUGCAUCCUGAACUCUCGACGGAAGUAGAUUUCGCGCUGAAGAGCACUCCUGCCAACAUAAUUCCACUCAUGAAGGAGCUUGGAUUGUCCCUGUCCAUCCACCAGUCCACCUUAUCCAGUGAAGACGUCUUCAUCACCAAACAUCGCCCCAACAUGUCGGGUCAUCUAUCGAUCUGCGCACCAGGAAUUCACGAAGGAUAUUCGACUGGCGAGAGCUUGCGCGAGCUGUCGAUAUCAGAGCCGGAGACCGCGACCAAGACCAGCUUUCGUGUAUCACUGGAUCCGGAAGAAUCGAAGAUCGCUCAUCUGACAACUCAUCUUGAUAUCCUCCCGUCAAAGUGUCAAGACCUGCUACGCAGCGGAGCGGCCGUUUCUGUCCAACAACUGUCACCAUUCAGAAUUGCCAUAAAUCUUGGCUCGGGAAGCUUUCGACAGCAGAUAUCUCUCCCUAUACCUCUCCAGAUGACCGGUGGCAAGACAAGAAUCGCGCGUAAGUCUUCCUAUAUAGAAUACAUCGCGCCGGCCGCCUCAAAGAAUUCGCUGUCUUCGGGAAUCAAAUGCCAGAAUUCCCGCAUAAACUUCAAGGACUCCCUCUUUAGCCUGUUUAUGCACUUUACCGGACUGCAAGGGACACAAAAACACGCUGUUUUCGGCAUUGACAAUCGUUCUAAUGGAGAUGUCCACAUAUUGAUAUUUGCGUCGAAGUUGCGCUUGGAUAUAUCUAAUCAGAGUUUUGUUCUCGAUGCGGCAGUCGUCCCACUAAGCGUGGAUAUCGUCCCCAUGAUGAUUACCUUUAUUAUGGCUGCUCACAAAAGUGGUCGCGUGUCUAUCAUUGUUGAUGACAAUGAGCUGCUUCUUUGGAAGCACGUUCUACCUGCCUUUGUAGAGCGCUGCCGGGACUGGGAACACACACCGUCGUGCGAAUAUAAGGCCGAAAACCAGAUACCAGUGUCAGUUGAAUUUGGCAAACCGAUCCUAUGUUCGUGCGGCAAGGGGAAAUUCGGCAAUGACUACAAGGUCGACAAGCCAAUUCUCUGGAAGGACAUUUCUAAGUACGCAGUCCGCGCUGCCAUCUCACCCUGCUUCCCAGUCCCGUUUGUUGGCAUCCCCCGCCCUGUUUCUGACACCCCCGAGGAUAUUGAAAGAGCUUUCUGGAUGUUCUUCCUCAAAGGAUGGGAAGCUGCUUUGUCUGUGGAAGCAAGGAGGCAAAAGGUGGAGGCAAGGUCAUGA